AUGUUCUGGGGCGCGCGACUCGAGCCGGGGGUGUGGACGCCGUACGUCCCGCCGCCGGACGUCGACGUGCGGCUGCACGUGUCGCAGGCGACGGCGGCGAGCGACGCCCUCGAGGACGGCGCGCGCGUCGUGAUCAAGAUGCGAUGCGAGACCGACGACGCGGUGCUGCGAGCGGCGGCGGGCGCGGACGAUGACGACGAUGACGAUGAUUCGUCGACGGACGAUUCGUUCGAGCGGGAGGAGUACCGCGUGUGCGCGCUGAUCGGUGGGCGAGUGGAGACGUGCGGGUUGGAUUUGGUGCUGGACGAGUACGCGGAGUUCACGGUCGAGGGCGCGUGCGGGGCGCACUUGACGGGGUAUUACAUGCCGGAGUACGGCGAGGGGGAUGAGUUGGACGAGGACGACGUGUACGGCGACGAGGGGGACUCGGAUUCGGACGAGGAGGAGGAGAUGAUGACGACGGGCGACGACGACGAGUCCGACUCGGAAGACGACGACUCCGAAGACGACGACUCCGAAGACGACGACUCCGAAGACGACGACUCCGAAGACGACGACUCCGAAGACGACGACUCCGAGUCCGAGUCCGAGUCCGAGUCCGAGCCCGAAGGCGUCACUCGUAAGGGUGGUGUGAAGAUCGUCGAGAUGACCGAAGACGAGUCGGCGCGCUCGGCGAAGAAGCGCGAGGCGGAAACCAAGCCCGCGAAGACCCCCGAACCGAAGAAGCGAGCAGUGGGGGCGAAACCGGAAUCUGCGUCGAAGAAACCGGAGACACCCAAGCGCGUGCACAAGAAUGGCAUGGAAAUCAUCAACACCUUUGCCACGAAGAACACCAGCGCGAAAGUCGCCGCCGGCGGCAAAAAAGUGGCGAUGAAGUACAUCGGAAAGCUCCCGAGCGGUAAGAUUUUCGAUCAAACCAAAGGCAGCGCUACUUUUAAGUUCCGCUUGGGGGUGGGCGAAGUCAUCAAGGGCUGGGACGUCGGCGUCGAGGGCAUGCGCGAGGGCGACAAGCGCACGCUCAUCAUUCCCAGCGCCAUGGGUUACGGUAAAAAAGGCAUCAAGGGCGUCAUCCCCGGCGGAUCCGCGCUGCACUUCGACGUCGAGCUCGUCAAGGUUUUCUAA